AUGUUCAAUAUAAGAAAUAUUGGGGGGGCAAAUAUUGGGAAAACAUCAGUCACAAGAACUCAAGGAACCAAAAUCACAUCUGAUGGCCUCAAGGGUCAUGUUUUUGAAAUGAGCCUUGCUGAUCUGCAGAAUGAUGUAGUUGCAUUUAGAAAAUUCAAGCUAAUUACUGAGGAUGUUCAGGGCAAAAACUGCCUGACUAAUUUCCAUGGCAUGGAUCUUACCCAUGACAAAAUGUGCUCCAUGGUCAAAAAAUGGCAGACCAUGAUUGAAGCUCAUGUUGAUGUCAAGACUACCGACGGUUAUUUGCUUCAUCAGUUUUGUGUUGGUUUUACUAAAAAAAGCAAUAAUCAGAUUUGGAAGACCUCUUACGCUCAGCACCAACAGGUCUGUCAAAUUCAGAAAAAGAUGAUGGAAAUCAUGACCCAAGAGGUGCAGACAAAUGACUUGAAAGAAGUGGUCAAUAAAUUGAUUCCAGACAGCAUUGGAAAAGAUAUAGAAAAAGUUUGUCAGUCUAUUUAUCCAUUCCAUGAUAUCUUCAUUAGAAAAGUAAAAAUGCUGAAGAAGCCCAAGUUUGAAUUGGGAAAGCUCAUGGAGCUUCAUGGUGAAGGCAGUAGUUCUGGAAAAGCUACCGGGGAUGAGACCCAUGCUAAAGUUGAACGAGCUGAUUGA